UUGUUAUUAGUCCGUGUAUUGUGCGCGGUGACUGAAGUAAUUUAGAAGCAUUUAAGUAAAAACAAUUGUAAAUAAAAUGUAUUGAAGAGAAUUUAAUGUAUUGCACCUACGUGUUAAUAAGUGUUUAGUCCGCAUCGUAUUGUUUUGUUUGUUCGUGUUUCCGUGUUAAAGCAAAAAGUCUUCGUGUUAUAUCUGUUUGUAUGUGUGCAUGUAUGUGUAAGUGGAGGAAGCUCCAAAGCCGCGGAAGAGACCAGAAAUUCAAUGAAAACGGAAUAAAUAUAUAGCAUAUGCACUUUAAGGCAACACCAUUCGAAGCCCGAGUAUUAAGCAACUAUAAGAAACAACAACAGCGCAACUGAUCGCGGACAAAGACGCUGAGUGGAUAAUGUCGAAUCAGGCGCAAAUCGACUACGAUCGGCAAUUCCAAGAGGAUUUGGCCAAAGCAACGGCGCUCAGCUUGGAACAGCAGGCCCUCGAUGAUUACAGGCGGCACAAGAAGUAUGGCGCCAGCUCUGCCGAAUAUUAUGCCCAGCAACAGCAACAACACCAGCACCAUCAGCAACAACGCAGCUACAAUGUCGUCCAACGACGUCACUCGGAGGUGCAUCAGGUGCCCACCACGUUGGGCAAUUUGGAACGUUCACGCACGCCGCCUGCGCAGACGGGUAACGGUAAUGGCAACGGCAAUGCAGAGAGCGAUCUGAUCUGUUUUGCCAGUCCGACCAGUAAGCAGCCAACGGCGGACAGCGGCGGUGGCAGCACGUUUGAGCGACUUAUUGAGGAUCUGCAACGCAUGCAGACCCACAAUCCACAGUCGGCAUUGGUGCCCGUGGGUCCGGUGGCAUCUGGCACACCAAUUCCCGUCCAUUAUCCGCCGCCAGCCGCUGCACCAAGUUAUGGCACCGUACCUGGUGCCAUGGGCAUGCAACUGGUGCCUUAUCAGGCUGCAGCGCAGCAGCCACAGCAACGACCACUCAACCAGGAGGAACUGCAGCGGCUCUACAGCAUGCCUAAUCAGUUGGCACUGCAGCCAGUGGCACCCGUGCAGCCGGCAGGCUUCAUGUACUACACUCCCACAUUCUCGGCGCCCGUGGUGCCCGGCUCGGCUGCCUAUAUGCCACCACAGUAUCCAUCGCAUGGCUAUGGCUUCGGUGGCUAUGCUGGCUACGCUCCCAGCAAUGCCGGCAGUUCCACGCAUGUGGACUUUUCCCGUCCCCAUAGCACGCCACUGGGAGGAGCAACCACUGUCAGUGGCAGCAGCAUCAGCAGCAGCCCACUGAAUCACUCCGUUCCACAUUCCGCUAUAGCAACACCAGCUCCAAGUGUUGCCGGUUUCAAUGUCAAUCCUCGUCGUGCCACGCCACCCAUUGGCAGCGUGCCUUCGGUUGGACCAUCGUUAAUGCCACAACGCUCUGGCAACGAUUUGAUCGAUCUGAACAAGGACGAUUAUUCCCGUGUCAGUGUGCUGGAGGCAUUCGAUCCAUUGCUCAAUGAGAAUUCUGGCAACGACGGCGCCUCCGAUUGCACCUCGUACUACGCCGAGUACGAUCCGUUUGACUUUCUGUACAGCGGCGACAAUGGCACACAGUAUUCGGAUCCCAUGUACGAGGCCGUCAACAGGUGGGACAAGAAUGCCGCCAACAGUGGCAGCGUCAGUGUCAGUUCCAUUGGCUGGCGUACCGACUACCUCAAUCAGCCCACGCAUUCCCACACGCCAUCUCCGACGCCCUUAGUAACAGGAGUAUCAGCAACAGCGAUUGAAUCAGCAUCAAUGGUUGCCUCCAAUUCAGGCUCGGUGUCGCCGCCUCCUCCGCUGCCGCCACGCAAUCAGCAGCUGUACGAGUUAAGCGUUAGCAUGGCCUCCACAUCCUCAUCGCGGCCACAGCAAACACAACAAUCGCCCUUCACGGACAGCUACACCAACAGCAUACCAGCCCAUGUGGUGCUGGAUCGCCGGAAAACCUGCACACGUCUCUACGAGCUGAUCAGUGAGCAGCGCACAGAUGAUGCCGAGUUGCUGGAGUUCUACAACAUGGUGCGAGAGCUGCGUGGAAGCUAUCCCCAUGCGGAUGAAGACACUAAUGUGGGUCAUGUGAUUGCAGCCGAGUUCAAUUAUCAUUACAUGAUGGACACCAGCAUCAAGGUGAUUGUGCAUCCUGCUGUCAAUACGCUGCAAACGCAUGCAUUGGCCAAUUCUUUGGCUGGUGAACAGUUCAAGGGCUACGGCACGCCAGUGACCUUCACCUGUGACAUUGAUUCUGUGGUGGCGCAGGUUGUGGCUCAGGCUUUGGCCUCACUGGAGGGACAAGUGAAGGGCACUGUCACCGACUUUGCAGUCAAGCCCAUUGGCUUGCUGGAAUGGCUGGCGCCCACAUCGAAGCUGAGCCAGCUGGAGUGUGUGCACAAUAGCUUUCAGCUGGAAAAGGAUGUACACUUGGGACUAUGCGUGAGCAGUGCGGCCAACAUGCAAGCAAUUGCACGCACAGCGCAGGAUGAUGAACACGAUGCGGAUUUGUUGCCGGAGCAUGUGCUUCCCAAUGAGGUGGUGCCCAUUGUCACAUACGACAACAUGAUGAUACUCAUCGAGACACUCGAAAUGGAGAUAGACAAGCUGGAGUCUGCAGUGGAUGGCACGCCAGCUGGCAGAAGUAGCGUGGUCAGCUGUUCGGGUGUAGUGCAGGCUGUUAAAGCCAUUUGCGCUUUAUUGGGUUCCAUAGAUACGCUGGAGAUUGCGCGCUGCAUUGGCGAACUGAAGCGCAUCUGCGAGGAGGCACAGACCAAGUACGGUCUGGCGGGCGCCAACAAUCCAGAGAUCAUUAGUGACUAUGGUGAAUAUGCGCAGGUGACGCUACGGCCACGCUCGCUGCUCGAACAGAUCAAACUCAAGUGCAAUCGACUGCGCGAUGCAGUCCAAGAGCUGGUGGAACUCUAUGCCAAUGUUUUUCGGGUUGCCUUCUCUGUGAAGACGCCGGACUACUCAACGACUCCCAUACCCAUUUCGUGCGUUUCUAAACCCAUUGUGGUGAGCAUCAAUUGCCUGCACAGGCCACCACCAAACUGGAAGUAUGAGGAUUACUCGCUGUGCGUGCAGCUUGUUUACGGCACGCGUCUGUUGUCUAAGCCGCAUGUGCUCAACUGCUCUAGUGAUACCACCGGUGGCCUGUUUCCACGCCUCAACUUUAGUGCUUGGCUCACCUUCGAGCAGCAUCCCAUUUGCACGCUGCCACGGGAGGCGCGUAUUACAUUUGUGCUGUAUGGCAAGCAGGCGGCGAGCGAGAAUGAACCGAAUGCCGAUCCAAAUGGAGAGAGGCGUCAAGUGACCACCGAGCUGGGUUGGUGUUCCAUUCAGCUGUUUGACUUCAAACGCACCAUGAUCUGUGGCCCUUAUUUGCUGUCUGUUUGGCCACCGACCACGGACAAAAUGCUGGGACCGGCGCCAGCGCGUGGCUGUCAUCCGCAUCCGGAUUUCUGCCCUGUGCUGAGCAUUGAAGUUCCGCCCUACGGUGGACGUAUUGAGUUCCCUGAGCAUCAGGAGGCGCCCAAGCCAGCGCCACACUAUGAUUUUGCUUCGUUGGACGCCAAUUUGCAGGAAGAGUUGCUGGACACAGCCGAGCUGGGCUACACGGGUGCUUCGGAGCGCCGGGAAGUGUUCUGGGAAAAGCGUUUGUAUCUGCAAAACUAUCCCAAUGCGCUGCCCAAAGUUCUGCAUGCGGCGCACAGCUGGGAUUAUGCAAAUCUCAUUGAUCUGCAUUCGCUGUUGCAUUCCUGGGCGCCUCUGUCGCCGCUUCAGGCACUGGAGUUGUUGCUACCACGUUAUCCGGAUGCCAAGGUGCGUGAGAAAGCCGUGGAAUGGAUCUCGCGCAUGCCUAACGAUCAGUUAGUCGACUUUCUGCCCCAACUCGUGCAGUCGCUGAAGCAUGAUACUUAUGAGGCCUCCGCUUUGGCGCGUUUCCUACUGGCCAAGUGCCUGGAGUCGCCACGCUUUGCACAUCACAUGUACUGGCUGCUGGUGCACAGUCUACCCGAUGAUCCGCUCAACUCUAUUGGCGCUGCGCUUGUGGAUCAGGAGUACGAUGAGUCGCAGAUCACACAGGCUCGUUACUAUCGCCGCAACAAGAUGAUGCUGCGUGCUCUAAUGGCCAUUUGUGGCGAGAAGAUGCUCCAGCGCUUUAUGUAUCAGCAUCGCAUGUGUCAGAACCUGGCAAAAAUCGCAGAAUCAGUUAAGGAAGCCAAAGAAUCAAUGCGUCAGAAGAGUCUCGUUGCGGGCAUGGAUCAGGUACAUCAGGAUCUGCUAGAGAAGCCCACUUGCCUGCCGCUCGGUCCAGAGCUGGAGGUGACUGGCGUUAAUGUGCGCAACUGUAGCUACUUCAACUCCAACACGUUGCCACUGAAGAUCACUUUCGUGGGACCCGAUGCUGAACCGCUCCCCGCGAUUUUUAAGUGCGGCGAUGAUCUGCAGCAGGACAUGCUAACCAUUCAGCUCAUACGCAUCAUGAACAAAAUGUGGUUGGCAGAGCGUCUGGACCUCAAGAUGGUCACCUUUAACUGUGUGCCCACCGGCUACAAGAGUGGCAUGAUUGAGCUAGUCUCCGAGGCGGAAACCCUUCGUAAGAUUCAAGUGGAGUGCGGAUUGACGGGCUCGUUCAAGGAUCGUCCCAUUGCCGAGUGGCUGGGCAAACAGAAUCCAAGUCCUUUGGAAUAUCAAAGUGCUGUGCGUAAUUUCACACUUUCCUGCGCUGGCUACAGCGUUGCUACCUAUGUGCUGGGCAUCUGUGAUCGACACAACGACAACAUUAUGUUGAAGACUUCGGGACACUUAUUCCAUAUUGAUUUUGGUAAAUUCCUCGGCGAUGCGCAGAUGUUCGGCAACUUUAAAAGAGAUCGCACACCGUUUGUGCUGACAUCGGACAUGGCUUAUGUGAUCAAUGGCGGUGAUAAACCAUCGACGGACUUUCACUACUUUGUCGACCUCUGCUGUCGUGCAUUCAACAUUGUGCGCAAGAACGCGGAUCUGCUGCUGCACACGUUGGCCCACAUGGCCACGGCGGGUAUGCCGGGUGUAAAUUCGAAUGCUGUUACCUAUGUACGUCGUGCUCUCUUGCCCUCACAAUCGAAUCCUGAAGCGGCGGCCACAUUUGCCAAGAUGAUACAAUCCUCGCUGAAGAGCUGGUUCACUCAGUUCAAUUUCUUUUUACACAAUCUCGCUCAGAUGCGCUUCAACAACGACGAGGGCACCGGUGAACUGCUCUCCUUUGUGCCUCGCAAAUACACUAUGCAACAGGACGGUCGGCUGAAGAUCGUCAAAGUUGUGCGUUUCCAGAAACAUUACAGUAUGGAAAAGUAUUAUAUGUACAUAUUGCAAGUAACGCGUCAUGGACAACGAGAUCCCACGCAUCUGUUUCGUUCGUAUCGCGAGUUCACUGAGUUCCAUCAGAAGUUGUGCAUACACUUUCCUCUGGUCAAACUGCAUAGUCUUCCAGCUGGCGUUCAUGUGGGGCGUUCCAAUAUUAAGUCUGUAGCAGAAAAGCGUUUACCAUUGAUUCAGCGUUUCUUAAAGUCGCUUUUCGAUGCAGCCGAGGAAAUAGCUCAUUCGGAUCUGGUUUACACAUUCUUUCAUCCUUUACUGCGCGAUCAGCAGGAGGCUAAACUGGAAAUGCCCAAAAUCAAAGAAGUCAAACGCCAGCCCUCGCGAGAGAAUCCCAAUGAAAUUGGACAGAUUCGACUAUCGCUGCAAUAUCAACGCGGCGUGCUAACUGUGAUGAUACACCACGCCAAAGGACUGCCUAUGCUGCAGGGCGGUCAGGAGCCAAAUACUUAUGUCAAGUGCUACUUGAAACCGGAUCCCAGCAAAGCCACCAAACGCAAAACCAAAGUUGUUCGCAAAACAUGUGUGCCCAGCUUCAUGGAGACGUUGGAGUACCGUAUGCCGCUGGAUGUGGUCCAACAGCGUCGGCUGCAGGUGACGGUCUGGUCACACGAUACGCUGCAGGAGAAUGAGCUGUUAGGCGGCUUUGAAAUAGAUCUCUCCAAACAUGAUUUGCGUCAGGAGCUGUGCGAUUGGCAUCGCUUGGGUUCAGUACCUAGGAAUUGAAUGAAUGUUGCAACCUCCCCUUAUAACUGACAAUCUGGCUAAAACACAUACAUAUACACAUACUGUGCCUGUCUUUUCAACGCAAUAAUACUUACAUACUCAAAGUGAUUGUACAUUCCAUAUAUCGUAUACUAUUUAAAAUACUUAUUCUUAUGUUAAUUUAGCUGACAUCCGAUAGAAUUGUACCUAUCACUUGUACAUAAUAUACACAGACUCUUAACUACCUACACACAUGCCCAAAGGUGUUUAACUAUUGCACAAAAAAAAUUUAAAAAAAUAUAUACAUCUAAAAGAUCAGCUGAAAAAUUUGUAGAAUGUACAUAAGUCAACCAAAUAUAAGUGAUAUUUGCUGAUCAAACAUAAGUAGAUACUUAUGUAUAUCUCUUUAUACACAAGCAUAAAUGAUUAUUCAGGUCAGUCCCUAGGAUGCCGAAAAGUGCACAUUUCUAAUAUACAAAUACAAUAUAGUAUAUGUAUGUAUGAACCUAGUUGUAGUUAAACAUUCAUCCGAAUACUAGUUCAUUGACCUGGGCCUGGUGCGAGUUUAUUACAGUAUUAAAAAGUCGGAUUUUCGUAUAUACACCAAAUAUUGAUAACAAUUCAAUUUGGAUCGGGAAAUUGUCAAAUAUCAGCAACAUAACUUUUGGACCUUUAUAUACAAAAAUUAAAACGCACACGUUCAAUUUGCUAAGGAGCCAAAAUCCAGGCGUCGCUUACUGCCAAAGCAAUUUCAGUCCGGCAAUAUGAUCGAACGAUUCGUAAACAAAUGCGUUCCAAAGAAUAUUAAGUACUAUAUAAUACUGAUUAUCUGAUCUAUAGUGUAUUCACUGGGUCACGCCUAAUGCUGUUAAAAAAUAAAACUAGAGUUUUUAUUUUUAUACACAAUCUGACUUUUUGUCGUACUCUCAGCAAAAUCAUCAACUAAAAACAAAACAACAAAUACUUAACGAAAUGUUAUAAAUAAAUUAUUAUUAAAAAACUGCAAUCUUUUUAUAGUAUAUUUUUCUAAUUAAUCUGAGCAGAAGAUCUUUUAAAUCAAUGUGUAACGCUAAUUACAAACUAAUUAUUAUGCAAUAAUAUUACUAUACAUGUUAAAGUUUAGCUAACUUUAUAGACAUUUCCAAAAAAAUGUGUAAUGAAAGGACUUGAUCCUAACGAAUUGUAUGUAUGCUAACAUAAAUAAAUGUAAUUUAU